GCCUCACCGUGGUAACCGCAGCGCCGCUGCCCCGCCUUGCAGGCCUCUGGACUGUCAUCGCCUUUGGGUGUGGGGAUACUUUGGCCACCGUCCCCGGAAACAGCUCCGCCGGUUUUCUCAGAUACCCCCAUCCUCCCCAAGCUGCCGUCGCCGCCGCCAUGCAAGGGGAGGACGCCAGAUACCUCAAAAGGAAAGUUAAAGGAGGAAAUAUUGAUGUACAUCCAUCAGAAAAAGCACUCAUUGUUCAGUAUGAAGUGGAAGCUACCAUUCUUGGAGAAAUGGGUGAUCCCAUGUUGGGAGAACGAAAGGAAUGCCAAAAGAUCAUUCGUCUUAAGAGUCUCAAUGCCAACACAGAUAUAACUUCCCUGGCACGGAAGGUGGUUGAAGAAUGUAAACUUAUUCAUCCCUCAAAAUUAAAUGAGGUAGAACAGCUAUUGUACUAUCUACAGAACCGCCGUGAUUCAUUGUCAGGAAAAGAAAAAAAAGAAAAAUCAAGCAAGCCUAAAGAUCCACCUCCUUUUGAAGGAAUGGAGAUUGAUGAAGUUGCUAACAUUAAUGAUAUGGAUGAAUACAUUGAGUUACUAUAUGAAGAUAUUCCUGACAAAGUUCGGGGUUCUGCUUUGAUCCUGCAGCUUGCCCGAAAUCCUGAUAACUUGGAAGAACUACUAUUGAAUGAAACUGCCCUUGGUGCAUUAGCAAGAGUCCUAAGAGAAGACUGGAAGCAAAGUGUUGAGUUAGCUACAAAUAUAAUUUACAUCUUUUUUUGCUUUUCCAGCUUUUCUCAGUUUCAUGGACUUAUCACUCACUAUAAAAUUGGAGCUCUAUGUAUGAAUAUCAUUGAUCAUGAGUUAAAAAGACAUGAGCUGUGGCAAGAAGAACUCUCUAAGAAGAAGAAAGCUGUUGAUGAAGACCCUGAAAACCAAACCUUGAGAAAAGAUUAUGAAAAAACCUUUAAAAAAUACCAGGGGCUUGUGGUAAAACAAGAACAGCUCUUACGAGUUGCUCUUUAUUUGCUUCUGAAUCUUGCUGAAGAUACACGUACAGAAUUGAAGAUGAGGAACAAGAACAUAGUUCACAUGCUGGUGAAGGCUCUUGAUCGGGACAAUUUUGAGCUGCUUAUUCUAGUUGUGUCAUUCUUGAAGAAACUCAGCAUUUUUAUGGAGAAUAAAAAUGAUAUGGUGGAAAUGGAUAUCGUUGAAAAACUGGUAAGAAUGAUACCUUGUGAACAUGAAGAUCUGCUGAAUAUCACCCUCCGACUUUUACUUAACUUAUCCUUUGACACAGGACUGAGGAAUAAGAUGGUACAAGUUGGACUGCUUCCCAAACUCACUGCACUCCUAGGUAAUGAAAACUACAAACAAAUAGCAAUGUGUGUCCUUUACCACAUAAGCAUGGAUGACCGCUUUAAAUCAAUGUUUGCAUACACUGACUGUAUACCACAGUUAAUGAAGAUGCUGUUUGAAUGUUCAGAUGAACGAAUUGAUUUGGAACUCAUUUCUUUCUGCAUUAAUCUUGCUGCUAACAAAAGGAAUGUACAGCUUAUCUGUGAAGGAAAUGGGCUGAAGAUGCUCAUGAAGAGGGCUCUGAAGUUCAAGGAUCCAUUGCUGAUGAAAAUGAUUAGGAAUAUUUCCCAGCAUGAUGGACCAACUAAAAAUUUAUUUAUUGAUUAUGUUGGGGACCUUGCAGCCCAGAUCUCUAAUGAUGAGGAAGAGGAGUUUGUGAUUGAAUGUUUAGGAACUCUUGCAAAUUUGACCAUUCCAGACUUAGACUGGGAACUGGUUCUUAAGGAGUACAAGUUAGUUCCGUACCUCAAGGAUAAACUAAAACCAGGUGCUGCAGAAGAUGACCUUGUCUUAGAAGUGGUCAUAAUGAUCGGAACCGUGUCUAUGGAUGACUCUUGUGCCGCACUGCUAGCCAAAUCUGGGAUAAUCCCUGCACUCAUUGAAUUGCUAAAUGCUCAACAAGAAGAUGAUGAAUUUGUAUGUCAGAUAAUUUACGUAUUCUACCAGAUGGUUUUCCACCAAGCCACAAGAGAUGUCAUAAUCAAGGAAACACAGGCUCCAGCAUAUCUCAUAGAUCUGAUGCAUGAUAAAAAUAAUGAAAUCCGAAAGGUCUGUGAUAAUACAUUGGAUAUUAUAGCGGAAUAUGAUGAAGAAUGGGCUAAGAAAAUUCAGAGUGAAAAGUUUCGCUGGCAUAACUCUCAGUGGCUAGAGAUGGUAGAGAGCCGUCAGAUGGAUGAGAGUGAGCAGUACUUGUAUGGUGAUGAUCGAAUUGAGCCAUACAUCCAUGAAGGGGAUAUUCUUGAAAGACCUGACCUUUUCUAUAACUCAGAUGGAUUAAUUGCUUCUGAAGGAGCCAUAAGUCCAGAUUUCUUCAAUGAUUAUCACCUUCAAAAUGGAGAUGUAGUUGGGCAGCAGUCAUUUCCUGGCAGCCUUGGAAUGGAUGGCUUUGGCCAAUCAGUUGGUAUUCUUGGACGCCCUGCCACAGCUUAUGGAUUCCACCCUGAUGAACCCUACUACUAUGGCUAUGGAUCUCGAUAAAGUCACACCUUAACAUAUGUACUCUCAAGUUAGAAGAAAUCUGUGUGGGUUGGGUUAACUUUGAAUCUUGGCUAAUAAUGCAUGUUGAUAUUAUUGUGGGUCUGUGGUUUUUUUUUUUUUCCAUGCUGUUAGCUACAAAUUAACUCUGAUCCCUCUGUCCUCUGUUAAGUACAGUUGAUGUUUGACACUGUUCACCGCAUCUUGAUGCUGAAUAACAUUUCCCAUGUUAUUCAAAGAGACGCAAAAGUAAAUGCUGAAAAGCAACCAGACUGGAAAACAAACACUACAUUAUGUACAUUAAGUGACUAAAUUUAAUUUCUAUUAAAAAGAAGGAUAAAGUACAAACAAAUUAGCGAAAGUCAUGUGUUUCUAUUUAAUGUGUUUCAUUAGGAGUUUC